AAUGGACAAGCCCCUGGCCGGCUACCUCACAUGCCACCAAAAAGUAACAGGGACCAGCCCACCCUCCUUCAUUCGUUCCUUUGUAUUACCUUCAUCUCUGUCUCUUCUUUCUCUUUCUCACUAGCUAGUAGUUGUACCUGAAGAAGAAGGAAAAGGGUUAUAAAGAAAAUUAGCUGAUGAUUCUAUUAUUGCCUUGUUCGAACUGCUCUAUCUUGAGAAACUGAAAAAGGUUAGUGUCGGUGAAAGAAGAGUCUCUUUUGCGCAAUUUGACUUCAACUAAAAGUUUUUGGGAUGAGAGUUUAAUCUUACUGAUCAGUCCUUUUUUUCCCUAGUCGAUGAAUCCUCAGAUAAAGCUGAAAUAUCUAUUUCCUUAGAUUCAAUUGCAGAAUUCCCCAGGCUGCCUUGGUUCUACAAUUUUUCACUCGCAAUACUGAUUCGUUUCCCAAAGCCAAUUAAGGUACCCACACUACAAGUCUGGUCUCUUUCUAUCUUCCUGGUCACUUCAGAUUUAUGAUUCCCAUUUUAUAUAUAUUUCCCCUUUGCUCCCCUCUCUGUCUCUUUCUCUCUCAAAUUUGUUCGCUAAUUUCUUUUCUCUCCAGCUAUCUGUCUGUCUCUCUCUUUCUCUCUCUCUCUCUCUCUCUCUCUCUCUCUCUCUCUCUCUUUUUUCCUCUUUGUCCAUGAUGCAAUUCACUGAAACCCCACCACCACCCUUGCACCAAAUCACUGCUCCAUUCUCAAACCGCACCAUGAACAAGAGCAAAACCCAAAGGACCCGUCCAUGACCUGGAUUUCCAACAUCAAAGGCUUUAGGCAGCUUUGGUGAUGCAAAUUGCAUGGAGCAACUUUUAGUUCACUGUGCAAACGCAAUUGAAAGUAAUGAUGCUACUUUAGCCCAACAGAUUUUAUGGGUCUUAAACAACAUUGCACCCCCAGACGGUGACUCAAAUCAGCGCUUAACACGUGCUUUCCUUAGAGCUCUUGUUGCACGUGCUGCCAAGAUCGGUACUUGCAAACUCCUCGCAGGAAUGGCUAAUGCUUACUGCACUCUUGCUAUAGAUACACACAAAUUCUCUCUCAUAGAGCUUGCUGGCUUUGUGGACUUAACACCAUGGCAUCGCUUCGGUUUCACUGCUGCUAAUGCUGCUAUGUUAGAAGCCAUUGAAGGGUAUUCAUCUGUUCAUAUUGUGGAUUUAAGCAUCACUCACUGCAUGCAAAUCCCUACUCUUAUCGAUGCUAUAGCGAAUCGCUUCGAGGUAACCCCAUUGAUAAAGCUUACAGUUGCUGGUACCACUGAAGAUAUACCCCCUAUGCUUGCUCUUUCUUAUGAAGAGCUGGGCUCCAAGUUGAUAAACUUCGCAAGGUCCCGCAAUGUAAUAAUGGAAUUUAGAGUCGUCCCUUCGAGUUACACAGAUGGAUUCUCUUCCUUAAUCGAGCAGCUGCGGGUGCAGAAUUUGGUGUACACAGAAAGUGGCGAGGCUCUUGUCAUAAACUGUCAAAUGUCGCUUCAUUACAUCCCUGAAGAAGCCCUUUCUUCUAUUAUUCCAUACUCUUUUGAGUACUCUUCUUGCAUGUCUUCUCUUCGAACCAUGUUUCUGAAAUCCCUUAGGAGUUUAGACCCAACAAUUGUUGUGUUAGUGGAUGAAGAUGUAGAUUUAAUAUCAAAUAAUUUUGUGUGUAGAUUAAGGUCAGCUUUCAAUUAUCUAUGGAUUCCUUAUGAUACUGUGGACACAUGUCUUCCAAGGGGAAGCAAGCAAAGGCAAUGGUAUGAAGCAGAUAUAUGCUGGAAGAUUGAGAAUGUAAUAGGUCAUGAGGGUCUGCAAAGGGUUGAGAGGCUGGAAUCCAGGAGCAUGUGGGUUCAGCGGAUGAGGAAUGCCAAUUUUAGAAGCAUUUCCUUAGGUGAAGAUGCAGUUUCUGAAGUUAAGACUUUGCUUGGCGAGUAUUCAGCUGGUUGGGGAUUAAAGAAGGAAGAAGAAGAUCACCUUGUGCUUACUUGGAAAGGACAUAAUGUUGUAUUUGCUACUGCUUGGAUAUCUGCUUAAAUCAUCUUCUUUUUUUUUUUGAAAAAAUUUAUUAUUAUUAA